CCGUGGAGAAUCGUGGACGACUGUGGGGGUGCUUUCACCAUGGGGGCCAUUGGAGGAGGUAUCUUCCAGGCGGUCAAGGGCUUUAGAAAUUCACCUGCAGUAAGUUCAGCCAUGCAAAUAAAUUCACCCAUGUGAAAUAUUACACUGAACAAAAAUAUAAACGCAACAUAAAUUGUUGAAAUAUGAGCUGAAAUAAAAGAUCCCAGAAAUUUUCCAUGUGAACAAAAAGCGUAUUUCUCUGAAAUGUUCACAAAUGUGUUUACAUCCCGGUUAGUGAGCAUUUCUCAUUUAAUAAGAUAAUCCAUCCACCUGACAGGUGUGGCAUAUCAAGAAACUGAUUAAACAGCAUGAUAAUUACACAGGUGCACCUUGUGCUGGGGACAAUAAAAAAAAAAGCCUAAUGAAUUUAUUUCAAUUGACUGAUUUCCUUAUAUGAAUUGUAACUCAGUAAAAUCGUAGAAAUUGUUGCAUGAUGCGUUAUAUAUUUUUCUUCAGUGUAAAUUGACAGCUAUGUUCGAUAUAGCCUAUGGGAUAUGAAGGAACAGUUAAGUUAAAGUUGAAUUUAUGAAAUUGCCCAUCAAUUAAAGCCCUGUUUGACUGAAUGUUGCACUGUGCUGAAUGGGUUGUGCUUAGAAGAAUGAGGAGUUUUGAUGCCGUCUUCUUUUUGUUCCUCAGGGGAUGAGCCACAGAUUGAAAGGUAGCAUGACAGCCAUCAAGACCAGGGCCCCGCAGUUGGGGGGUAAGUGCACGUCAAAUUCAAGUUCAAGCUUAUUUGGUUCUUAUUUUGUUCUUAGACUGCAAGUCGUUGUUGCUUGCGCUGUCUGAAACCAUGUGGAUGAUGUUGUAUUGUAGGUAGCUUUGCAGUAUGGGGUGGCCUCUUCUCCAUGAUUGACUGUGGGUUGGUAAAGGUACGGGGGAAAGAGGACCCCUGGAACUCCAUCACAAGCGGGGCCAUGACUGGAGCCAUCCUCGCAGCAAGAAGUGAGUGAUAGUUUAAGAAUUCCCAUUUUAAGACGAACAUUGCUGUGAAGAAGGGGCCCUCGCACUGUUUUUCUGUCGCACUUUCACCCACAUACUCACACAACAAAAUGUCGCUUUAUAUAGAUAUCUUACAAUAACUUUUGCACAAAGUUCACCAUUGGUUCCUUGUUGAACACAGUUAUGUAUAUCCGCAUGCUUAAAACACAACUUGGGCUUCAGAGCAUUCACAUAGACUCAGUGUUUGUUCAAUGUAAAUGUUAUAUUUUUUGUUUAUUGGUGUACUGUAAAGACUAGUCUCUGUUGUACUGAUUCCUUUAUUGUUGUCCUCAGAUGGACCAGUGGCCAUGGUAGGCUCUGCAGCAAUGGGAGGUAUACUACUGGCAUUGAUAGAGGGCGCUGGAAUCCUGCUCACUAGAUUUGCUUCGUCACAGUUCCCAACUGGUCAGUGUGCCUCUCUGAGCAAUGCUGUCUUAUGCUGUAGUUGAUUUACAGGGCUACAAUGAAGGGUUAUAGGGAGCGCAAAUGACUGCUUACUGCCCAGUUGUCUUUUGAAUGUAUUAUCCCUAAUCUCAUCUCUCACCUCUUCCCUUCUUUCUAUAGGUCCCCAGUUUGCUGAGGAGCCAGCCCCCAUGCCUGCCCCCUCCUAUGGAGGAGACUACAGACAGUACCAGUGA